AUGAUUCCUAUUGAAGCUGAUAUGUGUAUGAAGAAAAAUAUGGAAGAGCAUUCAACAAUUUAUUAUGAUAUUCAAGGUCUUAUACUUCGACGAGGUCAACCAUUUUCAUUUAUAAUAACAUUUAAUCAAGAUUUUCAUACUGAUAAAUAUAAUUUGUCAGUUAUUUUCAAGUCUAAAACAUGGAUGAAUAUUCCAAGUGUGAAAAUUCCAUUGAAUGAUUCAUCAAAUGGAUGGUCAGCAAAAACACUCUUCACAGAAGAUCAGAAGAAUAAUCAUAUUUGUUUUCAAAUUGAUUCUCCUUCUGAUGCUAUUAUUGGAAAAUAUUCUCUUUUACUCGAAAUUAGUUCGAUGACGAAAGAUUUAAUAAAUCAACGAGAUCUUUCAAUAUUUCAAUUCGAUAUUGAUAUUUAUUUUCUAUUUAAUCCAUGGAAUAAAAAUGAUUCAUGUGCACUAUUAUCAUCUGAUCAAAUUGUAGAAUAUGUUAUGAAUGAACAUGGAGAAAUUUAUCUCGGCUCAUCUGAAAUUCCUCGAUCUAUUCCAUGGUAUUUUGGACAAUUUGAAGGAGUUGUAUUACUUACAGCUCUUGCUCUUCUUAACGAAGCACAUUUAUCAAUACAACAUCAAAUUGAUACAUCUUUAAUUCUUCGUAUUCUUUCAUCAAAAAUCUGUUCAAAUCUUGAAAUACAUAAUGGCAUAUUUCCAUCACCAUUGAAUCGUCAUUCAUUUUCAUAUCAAGAAAAUGGAUAUACAAGUAGUCCAGCUAUUUUAAAACAAUUGUGGCUAUUAAAUGAUCAAUUAUUUCAAGGUGAUAAUGGUAGUAAUUGGCAACAUGCUGCUGUGUUUUGUAGUUUAUGUCGAUCAUUAGGUAUUCCAUGUCGUAUUGUCACUGUUUAUAAUGCAAUAUGUCGAAUUCAAGAAAAAGAAAAUAUUGAUGUAAAUUGGAAUACAAGACAACGACCAACUGUUGUAGUUAAUUCAAAACUAACUCAUCCUUGGUAUUUAUGGAAUGAAUGUUGGAUGCGUCGAGAUGAUUUGCCAGAAUAUAAUUCUGGAUGGCAAGUAGUAGAUUCAUCUUUCAUUGAAUACAAUACAAAUAUUCGACAUACAGGUCCAUGUUCAGUAGCAGCCUUAAAAUCUGCUACAUUAGGUUUAAAAUGGAAUACUGCCGAUAUUUAUAGUGUAUUGAAUGGGAAUAAAAUCUAUUGGCUUGUUUAUCCAAAUGGAAAUAGAAAACUCAUCAAUAUUGAAGAAAAUGUAAUUGACACAAAAAUUCUUACACGAUCAUUGAAAACAGAAAAUGAAUAUGAAGAUAUUACUAGCAAUUACAAACUAAACAAAUCAUCAAACCCAACAGCUUUGAAUCAUGAUGUUAAUAUUGAAAUAGAAGUUCCUCACAGUUUGAAAUUUGGUGAUGAUCUUCAUUUAAUCCUUAAAACAAAUAAUCUAUCAAAUGAACAUCGUACAUUAACUGUGGCCUUCAAAUUAGUGAAAAUUAAUCCUAUUCAAGAAGUCAAAUCUGCAUUAAAAACACAAAGUCAGACAUUACAUCAAGAUCAAUAUAUUCCCAGCAAUUCAAAUCUAGAGGCACACAAUAUAAGUUCACAAACCCCGAUUCAAUCAUUUUCACAAGUCUAUCAUCUCGAUAAUAAUGAUUGUGAGUCAGAUAUAAUUUUAAUCAUCGUACUUACGCUCAAUUGUAGAUAA